GUCAUUGCAGUGUUGGUGUAUCGGGGCUAUCAAAUCUCUAUCCGUGUAUUGGAAGUGUACUGAUGAAAUGUUACGAUAAACAGAAAAUUAUAGGUUUACUGCCGGCCUUCAUUCUGUGGGUAUGCAUUCAUACGUCAUGUUACAGCGUGAGCGUGGCCCGGGGGCACCUGCUGGUUGACUCACGGGUAAGGGAUCUCCGUCACAUUACACACUGGCGUCACCGCACGACGACCGCUGCGCCGAGGAAGUUUUUAAUGUCACUGGUGCUGGGAAUUUAACAACGAGAUCUGUGUCGGACAACUUGUUGAUUUUUAACGACUUUACACAAAAUAUAAAUCGGUUCAGUAUAUUUGCGAUGAAGUGAGUGAUAAUGGAGAGAGGAGCGUGCGGGAAGACGCUGGAGCCCAGGCCAAGACGGGCGCCGGUCCUGUAUGGAGAAAUCGCCAAGAGGAAAGCUACCAAACACCAGCUUAGUAAAGAAAAAGUUCAAGAGCUCUUUGAUGCGUUUACCAUGUUCGACAAGAAUGGGGACGGCAUGAUAUCGGCGGACGAGCUGGGCAGGGUCCUGUUUCAGAUGGGGAAACGCCCGACCCUCAGAGAACUCCAGUCUUUCGUCCGCUCGGUGGACGCAGACAAGAGUGGAGCCAUCGACUUUGAUGAGUUUCUUGAAAUCUUUGCCCGCAAGAUGUCGAUAGAUCCGGAGAAGGAGCUUCACGAGGUGUUCCAGGUGUUUGACGGGAACAAGGACGGGUUUAUCUCCCCUGACGAGUUAUUCACCAUUCUCUCCAGACUCGGGGAACCCGUAACAAAGGAAGAAGCGCAGGCGAUGAUUCGUGAGGCAGAUCUGAACGGAGAUGGGCGGGUUGACUACAAAGAGUUCAAGGCCAUCCUGAAUUUCCGCUAAGUGGGGAACACAUAUCCUAGGCUAUGCUUAUAUUUGUAUAUCUUUAUAUUUCAAUCGCACUCAUUGUAUAUUUAUUUAUCUGUAUAUGUAUGUUGUACAAAUUAACAGCUGUGAGCAAAUAAAAAACAAUUUUUAUUGACGGUAAAGAUCUAUAUAUGAUUGUAAUGCUGACAUGGAAUUGCCAAACAUGGCUCUGGACAUAUACUGGUACAAUCCUGUCAUUUCCCUGUAUCAAAGGUAGUCCAAAAUAUGACGUUUUCAGUUUGACAAUGAAUUUGAUAUUUGACGUACCUAGAAAACGUCAUAUAUUUCGGACUAUUACGAAGGUAGUCAAAUACUAGUAUACUAUUUAUGUUAAAUAUCGCAUUUAAUUGUACAUUGGGAUGAGGAGUCUCUUGAUAUUGACAUCGACAAUUCAAUUGAAAGUCAAAACAGUUGUAAAACCCACCAGAUCAUUAUUUACCACCCAAUACACAUUGCAUCUUCAGUAGACUUGAUCGUUGAGAAAGGUUUGUCAUUAACAAAACAUACACAGAGCUGAAAUAGUUGUAUUUUAUUGAGAUUCCAUGAGGCACAGUUUAUAAGCGUUCACUGUGGUCACAUGUCUUUGUAAGAAAAUAAAUUACCCUGACACAAUGGAUAACACAAAACCUUCACUGUGACAUAUAUAGGAAUACAGUGUAUAAUUCAGUACACAAUUUACAGGUUAACGCAGUUCAAAUGUACAUAUUCUAAAUGUACUUUUAUCUUUCUCUAUCAAAAUUUUAUCUUACAAAACUUAAUUCAUAUCUACAUGUAUAUCCAGAAUUGAUAACUGUAAAAAAACCUAGAUAUUUACAUAAUUAAUACAGACUGACUUUUUAUGAAGAAUCCAUUACCCAACACUAUAAGCUUAAACAGUCAUUACAACAAAAAUAACAACAGCAGGUCUCAACAGCUCAACAAACCACAGUCAGACAGACGGACAAACAUCCGUAUCAUAGAUGCUGCAAUUUAAAAUUGCGUUAUAAAGCAAUACACAUAAAGCAUACAAUCUUCAAAUCCAUACCAGGAAAAAGCAAGAAAAAUACUUUAAAAAAUCUUUCCAAAAAAAAUUUAUUUGUCAAAUGAUUUGAAAUCAGGUAAUUUGAACACUUGUAAUAAGCUGCCCUGCAUGGCCAGAACCAAAGAAUUGAACAAGAGACUGUGUGAAGUUGUUCAGGACAUAUUGUUCGUCGGCGAAAUUUGUGUGUUCAACAACCUGGAAGACAAGUUUGUUACACAGUAACACACAAUAUCAUGUCUUUGAUAAACACAUUGUUCAGACAGAAGUAUACAUGGUAUAUGCUACUACAGUACAUGUAUAUCAUAUGUGGUUUAUUUUUACAAGAUAAAAUAUAUAAUAUAAAAAUCUCUAAAUUAAAAAUACUUGAAAUGGAAUUAAAAGUCAUACAUAUAUGAAAAUUGCUUGGACAAUAAAUGUACAUCCAACAGUAAAUGUUACUGAGAAUUUGAUUGGUCCAUUUGGGACUGGCAGUAAGGAAAGUACUAGCCACACAAUCAAGUCUUCUAUAACCUCUAUGCCAAGUUAACCUCUCGGCAGCUGAUAGCGGACUGUUAGUGGAGUAGAACAGACCCACAGACACAGUUAUUCCUAGCCUACAAAAUGCCCUGUAUCUGUGCUACACUAGAGAUCCAACCUAAUCUCAGUCCCUCUGCUGCCUAUGAUGGUUGUUUCUUUUCUUUUUUUAAAUUUAAUAUCUUUACUGGUAUCUAAUGCCCUGUAGAGACUUACUGUGGGUUUUACAAUAAUGACUACUGGUAAUUUGUAAAUAUAUAUCUUAUAAUAAACAUUAUUAAUACAUUUGAAAGGAAGAAAUCUGAUGUUCUAUAUAAUACUUACACAACCUUUACAAGAGGCCCAUAGGCCCUUAGGAUCACCUGAGUCAGAUCCAUAGACAGGCAUUAAAUAAUAGCAAUGUCAUACUGUGAAAUAUAUGCAUAAGAAGGCAAAUCUAAAAGCAUUCAAGACAUUGAAUAUUGGGGUACGGGUGUUAUAAAAACCAAAGAAGCCCAGUUUUGUGCAUUUUCAAAAUGGAUAAAAGAAAAUGUGUAAGAGUUUAGAAAUGUAAGCAGAUUAAAGUACAUUUUAUGGGUAGAAGGGGAGAGUUGGCAGAGGAGGUGAGGGGGGUCUGGGUUUUGUUAUGACAGCUUUCCACUAACCAAUUAUUUUUUAAUUAGUCAUAAUGCAAAUUAAUACAAAUCAUUAAAUAAAAAAUAUAUAUGAAUAUUCAAUUUUUUUAAAAAUUCAUGAUAGGGAAGGAAAGGUGUCAGCCGGGGAGAUGAAGAUAGGAAUUCAAAAAUCAAUUUUUAAUUCCCUCAUGGUUUUUUUUUUUGGUUUCAUAGACAUGUCAGCUUAGUAGUUUCUGAGAAAAAGUUAAAAAAAAAUUGACUACCUGGGAAGUUGAAGUAAGGAAUUCACAAAUCAAUUUUUAAAUCCCUCACGUUUUUUUUUUUUUGGUUCAAUAUAAUUGUAGGCCAAGUAGUUUCUGAGAAGAAGUUGAAAAUAAUAAUGACUACCCAGUACUUGAUGAAGCAUAGACAAAUGAAAACUGAUAACAAAAAUCUGAAACCAUAAAAUUUACAAGUACCGGUACAUUGUAAAUUUUGUAUGACUUUGAAAGAGGUAGUCUUUUAGCCUUACGUAAUAUCUGAUCUACCAGGAAUCAAAUCAAUAUAGUGGAAGAAUGUCUUUAAGUGAUUGGUAAGUCUGAAUUCAGAUCCCCCAACGACUAAUGAACAGUAUUAUCAAUACAUGUAAAUAGGGACGAUAUGAUAAAAUCCAAACCAAAAAAUGACAUUAAGUGAGUAUUCCCUUCACAGCAGUUCAAUAAUAAAAAAAGUUCUAUAGCAAAAGCACAUAAAGCAGAAAAAAUAUAAACAAUCUGUACCAGCAAAUAUGUAAAAUACUGAUGGCAAAAGUGUUUGUGUCAUUAAAUUUGUCUGAGAUCUUGGACAAAAUGCAGACCUUAUAUACCUAUAAAUUCUUGUAUACUUUCAGUAUACUCUUCAAAACUACAGUUCAGUGGGUGGACACAGCUUGCAAAAACUGUUAAGUGAACAAUUGUAAAUGCAUGAAAAGCACAAUAUCUGAUGUGAGUCAUCGUAGAGGUUUUCACAUCAAUAAAUAACAAGGAAAACGAUGGCUGCAGUCACAAGUCGAUUCACACACACAGACAGGCAUACCGAACACAACGCUAAAUUUCUUCUCGAUUUACAGAAUCAUGAAUCUUUUUCUCCGACAACAUUGCAUGUUUUCUGUCCUAGAACUGUCAACUUUGC